CCUGUUUGGGAGGUUACACAUAGUGUGACUAUAAAAAUGCCUGUGAUACAGAGUAGUAGUUGCUGUCGGCUUGAAGAGAGGGACGGUAAAUCUGGUUCACCUGUUUCACUUCGGGACACAUGACAGGUACAGUCAUGCAGCGCUGGAUGAUCUGCGUAACGCUUUUGUUUCUCGUGUUCUGUGAUGUCUCCACUCAAAGGAAAAAAAAGACAGUCCAGACUUUAUCGAGAGGUUGGGGUGAUGACAUCACUUGGGUUCAGACGUAUGAAGAAGGACUGACCAAAGCGGUUGAAAGUAAGAAGCCCCUGAUGAUCAUUCAUCAUUUGGAGGAUUGUCCACACAGUAAAGCUCUGAAAAAGGCUUUUGCUGAACACCAAGCUAUUCAAAGGCUGGCUAAAUCAGAUUUCAUCAUGCUCAAUUUAGUGCAUGAGACCACCGACACUCAUUUGGCCCCCGAUGGCUUCUAUGUCCCCAGGAUCAUGUUUGUUGACCCAUCACUGACUGUGCGGGCUGACAUUGCUGGAAAAUACGCCAACCGAAUGUACGCGUACGAGCCGAGCGACGUGGACUUCUUGGCGGAGAACAUGAUAAAAGCCAAGAUCCUGCUCAACGCCGAACACGAGGAUCAUGAUGAUCUGUGACGGACGACAGCUACCCUUUUUCAAGACUCGUACGCAAUAUACAGGUUUCUUUGUGCAACUGGCAGUAUUUCGCUUUAAAUAAAGCCUGUCGGUUGUA